UUUACCUUUCCCUGUCAUAAUCUCUAAGCUCAGGCAAAAGUUUUUCCAGUUUCAAUAAAAUCCUGGAAAACAUUAAUGCUAUGGUGAAGAGAUCAUUACUUUCAAUAACAUUGACAAGGGAAAGGUAAUUUUUUCUCUUUCUGUUUCUUUUUGUCAUUUUGGUCCUUCUGCUUUAUUUUGUUUUUUUAAAGUUUUAAUCGUGCAUGGCGACGUCCCUAACGUCCCAACAGUCGAAGAAAGGAAUGCGUAGCCCCGGCGGUGCCAACAAUGCUCAAGGUGGUUCACGUAAUUCGACUGGACAACAAGUGAAGUUCGCUCGGCGGACAUCCAGCGGACGGUACGUUAGUUUGUCGAGGGAUGACAUUGAUAUGUCCGGGGAGAUGUCGGGGGAUUACAUGAACUACACCGUGCAUAUCCCACCUACACCCGAUAACCAACCGAUGGAUAACUCGAUGGCCGCCAAAGCCGAAGAACAGUACGUUUCGAACUCGUUGUUCACUGGCGGGUUCAACAGCGUGACUCGAGCUCAUUUAAUGGAUAAAGUGAUCGACUCCGAGGUGACUCACCCUCAAAUGGCGGGUGCAAAGGGUGCCUCUUGCGCUAUGGCUGCCUGUGAUGGCAAAGUCAUGAAAGAUGAACGUGGAAAUGACGUAAUGCCUUGUGUUUGCAGGUUCAAAAUAUGCAGAGAUUGUUACAUGGAUGCUCAAAAGGACAAGGGUCUCUGCCCGGGUUGUAAGGAACCAUACAAGGUCGGGGAUUACGAUGAUGAGAUAGAAUACUCGAACGGAACGUUGAAAUUGCCGGCUCCGAAUGGUAAAAGAGAUCCUAAUAACAUGUCAAUGAUGAAAAGGAAUCAAGGGGGAGACUUUGAUCACAACCGAUGGUUGUUUGAAACAAGUGGUACUUAUGGAUAUGGUAAUGCUUUUCGUGAUGAUAUGUAUGGUGGUGAUGAUGGUGAUGAAAGACUCCAAGGUGACAUUGAGAACAAUGAUAAGCCAUGGAAGCCCAUAAGUCGUAAGAUCCCAAUCGAUUCUGCCAUCCUUAGCCCUUACAGGUUAUUGGUUUUCGUUCGAUUGGUGGUGUUGGGCUUUUUCCUACAUUGGAGAAUUACGAAUCCAAAUGAUGAUGCUAUAUGGUUAUGGACAAUGUCAAUCGUAUGUGAAGUAUGGUUUGCUUUCUCUUGGAUCCUUGAUCAAAUUCCUAAAAUAUGUCCGGUAAAUCGUACGACAGAUCUCGAGGUUCUUCGAGAGAAGUUUGAAUUACCGUCACCGUCAAAUCCAACAGGACGAUCGGAUCUCCCGGGCAUAGACUUGUUUGUAUCGACUGCCGAUCCGGAGAAGGAACCUCCACUUACCACUGCAAACACUAUCCUUUCUAUUUUAGCGGUUGAUUACCCUGUCGAAAAAGUAGCGUGUUAUACCUCCGACGAUGGUGGCGCCCUCCUCACCUUCGAAGCGAUGGCAGAAGCUGCAAGUUUCGCUGAUUUAUGGGUUCCAUUCUGUCGGAAACACAAUAUCGAGCCGAGGAACCCUGAUGCCUACUUCAACUUAAAAAUCGAUCCGACUAAGAAUAAGAGUCGGUCCGACUUCGUAAAAGAUCGAAGGAGGGUGAGAAGGGAGUACGAUGAGUUUAAAGUUAGGAUCAAUGGACUCCCCGACUCGAUUCGAAGACGAUCCGAAGCAUUCAAUGCAAGGGAAGAAAUGAAAAUGCUAAAACACCUUAGGGAAACAGGAGCUGACCCUAUGGAGAAACCUAAGAUCCAAAAGGCAACAUGGAUGGCUGAUGGUACACAUUGGCCUGGAACUUGGGCCGUUGGAACCAGUGAACACUCUAAGGGUGACCAUGCAGGGAUUUUACAAGUCAUGUUGAAACCACCGAGCCAUGAUCCACUUACCGGAAAUGGCGAAGAUAAGCUCAUUGAUUUCACCGACGUCGAUAUAAGACUCCCGAUGCUCGUUUACGUCUCGAGAGAGAAAAGACCGGGAUAUGAUCACAACAAGAAAGCCGGUGCCAUGAACGCGUUGGUUCGAGCAUCUGCGAUCUUAUCGAACGGUGCGUUCAUCCUUAACCUCGAUUGUGAUCAUUACAUAAACAAUUGUAAAGCUAUUCGAGAAGGGAUGUGUUUUAUGAUGGAUCGAGGCGGUGAAGAUAUUUGUUACAUUCAAUUCCCUCAAAGAUUUGAGGGGAUCGAUCCUUCUGAUCGUUACGCCAAUCACAACACGGUGUUUUUCGAUGGUAAUAUGAGAGCACUUGAUGGUGUACAAGGACCGGUUUACGUGGGAACUGGUUGUAUGUUUAGGCGAUUUGCUUUGUAUGCAUUUCCUCCUCCAAAUCCUGAUAAAUUGACGCAAGCUAAAGAGAAUGAAACGCAGCCAUUAACGACUAGUGAUCUGGACCCUGACCUGGAUGUAAAUCUGUUGCCGAAGCGAUUCGGGAAUUCAACCAUGUUGGCGGAGUCUAUCCCGGUUUGUGAGUUCCAAGGUCGACCUAUUGCCGAUCAUCCGGCUAUUAAAUUUGGACGACCUCCCGGUGCUCUUAGGGUACCUCGUGAACCACUCGAUGCUGUCACUGUUGCCGAAGCUGUUUCCGUCAUUUCUUGCUGGUACGAGGACAAGACAGAAUGGGGGGAACGAGUAGGGUGGAUUUACGGCUCAGUGACGGAAGAUGUGGUGACGGGGUUCCGUAUGCACAACCGUGGGUGGCGAUCAGUAUAUUGCAUAACCAAACGUGACGCAUUCCGUGGGUCAGCUCCGAUCAACCUUACCGAUCGUCUUCACCAAGUGCUCCGAUGGGCAACAGGCUCCGUCGAGAUAUUCUUCUCAAGAAACAACGCCCUCCUCGCUACUCGCAAGCUCAAAUUCCUCCAACGUUUAGCUUACCUAAACGUCGGCAUUUACCCAUUCACAUCAUUUUUCCUCAUCGUUUAUUGUUUCCUCCCCGCACUUUCACUAAUCUCCGGCCAGUUCAUCGUGAAACAAUUAAACCUCUUUUUUUUGAUUUACCUUAUGAUUAUCACAUUUUGCCUCAUAGGUUUAGCACUACUCGAGGUAAGAUGGGCUCAGAUUUCACUUGAAGAUUGGUGGAGAAAUGAACAGUUUUGGCUCAUAUCAGGAACCAGUUCUCAUUUCGCUGCAUGUAUUCAAGGUCUUUUGAAAGUAAUUGCAGGUAUUGAAAUCUCAUUUACAUUAACAGCAAAAUCAGCAGGUGAGGAUGAAGAUGAUAUAUAUGCAGAUUUAUACAUAGUGAAAUGGACUUCAUUAAUGAUUCCACCUAUUGUUAUCGCCAUGGUCAAUAUCAUUGCUCUUAUGAUUGCUUUUGCGAGAACACUUUUCGGUUCUGGACAAUGGAAUAUGUUCAUCGGAGGAGCUUUCUUUGCUUUUUGGGUUUUAGCUCAUUUAUAUCCUUUCCUUAAAGGGUUAAUGGGUCGACGAAGAAAAACACCCACCAUUGUUUUCGUUUGGGCUGGUCUUAUCGCCAUUAUUAUUUCCUUGUUAUGGCUCGCUAUAAACCCAGGAGCACUCGGAAACCUCGGAGCCACCGGUACCGGUGCUGGUUUUGUAUUCCCUUAAUUGCAAAACGCUUCACAUUUCUCAUGUUUUGCAGGUUUUUUUUUUUUUUGUAUACAUUUAUUUUUUUUCUAGAGACACCAUUGUUUGACCAUAUUGCCAAAAGUGUACAACAUGCAUACUGGUAAAAGAAUGAUAACCUGAUUUUCUUUUUGUGCCAAAAAAAUUCAUUGAUUCUUUUUUUUCUUUUCUUUUCAAUAGAUUUUCUGGGGAUAAUUUGAGGAAUAAGCAUUGGACCCUGGAAAUUCAUAUGUAUCUAU